AUGGAGUUGGAGGGCAUUUCUCGGCACGAGAUGGAGAUGAAGGCACUCACCGACAGCCUCUCGCGAAUACGCCACCUGCGCAAGAAGCGAACUGGCCUUGAUGCCGCUCCCUCCCCUGCCUCUAUUCCGCAUCCUUCGCCUUCCACUCCCUCCACUGCCACUGCUGCCACUGCCUCCUCCCCCUUCGCCUCCUCCGCCUCAUCCCGCCCUUUCUUCCGCCACACCAGGCCCGCCUCCCCCUCUUCCGCGCAAUCCUUACCUCCUCCCGCCGCCCGCCCAAGCUCCCUGGAGCUGCGCGCCGAGCAGUGCGCACCGAGCCACUGGGACGUGCGCUCGUGGCUGCCCGAGGGCCUCGCGGCCGCCAGUCAGGCGACGCCCGCCAGCGCAUCACGCGACGACGCGUCGGAGCAAAGCGCGUCCGUCCGUGGCGACGAGAGCGCGGCGACCGAGGCGGGGGAAGGCGCGGCGAGCGAGGACGUGCUGCGGGCGAACGAGCGGCUGAUGAUGCACGUGGCGGCGUCGCGAUGGGCGUCGCAGGGCGCUUCGGCGCAGGCGAACGCGGAGCAUAGGGCACCCUCGCCCCCGCGCAGGGCGCACGACGCGGGGGAAGCGGACGAUGAACGGUCCGAUGCGACAGCGCGGUUCCAUGUGGCGAGCGGAGCAGGCUUGGCGGAGGCGCGCGGAAGGGCGGAGAUUGCUGGCUACAAAGGAGGGAAGGUGGAGGCAAAGGAGGACGACGACGGGGAAGCAACGAGCGGGGCAGGAAACAAAGAUGGAGAGGCGGAGAGUAGGGCGGAAGGAAGAAACGAAACGUUGGUUGGUGCCGGCGCGUGGCGGUCAACGCGAGUCAACGAGUUGGAAUCGGAGGACGACAGCUGGGACGCGCCAGACCCCACGAGCCGCGGUUUGUUCGGCGGCGGGUCAAGCGCGUUCUUCAACCCCCUCGCGGAUGACGUGGCACUCAACCUGCGCUUGUCGCUCGACGACGAUGAUGAUGAGGAUGAGGAGGACGAGGUGGAAGACGAGGAAGAGAGAGACGAGGAGGAAAUUGAUAGUUACUUCGCGGGCGCAAGCGUGGAAACCGGAAGCCGUGGAGGCGAUUCGAUUGGAGUUUCAGCGGCAGGCAAGUCUGGCACGAGCUACGAGCGGGCUGCCGGUUCCGGCUCGGACGGUUGGGGGAAGGCAGCGGGAGGCGUGGGUAAGGAGCGACGCAGAGGCGGAAGGAAAGAGACGGGGAAGGCGGGAGGCGCGCGGAUGGCGGCCGCGCGGCGGGAGUUGGAGGAGCAGCGCGCGGUGGUGGAGCGGAAAUGGCGCGAGAGCCAGAUGGAGAUGAGGCGCGCCGCGCGCAUGGCGGCUGCACUCAAAGCCACCAUUGACUCCAUUGACUGCGUUGACUCGCCCGCCCGUGCCGCCGCGCCUGCCUAUCUCCCUGCGCCGCUGAUUGCGCCCCCUCACGGCUCACUUGCAGCCCUGCCUUCCCCCGUCCCCGCUACUGCCGUUACUACUGGUGCGCCUGCUGCGCUCGCUCUCGCUGUUCCUGCGGAUGGGGGCGGCGCGGGCGGCCGCAGCUUGAGUGACACUGGCGGGGGCGGCAUGGGAGGGGAGAGCGUGGGCGCGCACAGCAUGGGGUGCAGCAGGCGCGCGCUGGUGGAGGCGCGGCGGCUGCGGGAGCGGCUGGAGGGGCUGAUGCGGCGCAUGGAAGCGCAGGGGAAGGCGGACGUGGGCGGAAGCAGUGGCGCGGGGAGCGAGUGCGCGGAGUCGGAGGCGGAGUCGAGCAGCGCGGCGUCGUCGCGCCUCUCGUGGGCCGCCAGCAGCUCCGCCUCGCGCGGCGCCAGCAGCUCCGGCGGCAGCGGCGACGGCAGUGGCGGCGAUGCGACAUGGCUGCUGAAGCGCAAGAUACUGCGCGACGCGGGCGAGAUGGCUCAUCUUGAGCGCACCAUGGCUCGCAUCGCCGCUGACGUGGCAACAACCAAGGACGUAUCAGCGCGCAUGGAAGGCCACGCGGUAGAGCGCGGGGAAGGAGACGACGAGGAGAGGGGCGGCGCGGAGACAGAGGCGGGAGGAGGGCAGAGGAAGAGGGAGCGUGGCGACGGGGGCGGCGAGGGCGGCAGUUCGGGCAAUGAUGGCACCCUGGCCGUGCUGCAGGCCCUGGCGGCGCGCAUGGAGGGGGAGGUGGAGCGGGUGCGCGAGGAGCAGGAGGCGUGGCGGCAGCGCGCGGCGGUGGCGGAGGCGGAGGCGCGGAGCCUGCGGCGGCAGGUGCAGCAGCGCGACCACGCGGGGGACGCCAUGUCAGCGUCGCUGCGCGCCGAGCUGGAGAUGCUGCGCGCCAGCAAGGAGCGCACGAGGCGGCGCCAGCUGGCGGAGAGAGGCGCGUGGCGGCGGGCGGCGUACCAGCUGCGCGCGGCCAUGGGGGGAGAGCAGCUUGCGCAGAUCCGCGAGCUCCUUCCGCCACCACCUUCCACCCUCGCAGCCCCGCCCGCACCUCCUCCCGUGUCACCAGCAGCACCUGCAGUUACAGUUGCAUCAGCAGUGGCAAGUGCAGCAGCGGUGGUUGUGGUGCCACAGCUGCCAGCGCGGCGAGUAGCGCCGCCAGCGGCGCACAGCAGGAAGGGCGGGGGGGGCGCGGGCGUGCAUGCGCUGGACGGCGCGCAGGGGGGCAAGCCGCGCGCGGGGAGGCGCGUGGGCGCGCGCAACGGGGAGGUGCGGAGCAGCAGCAGUGCUGCGGGGGCGAUUCUGAGGCGGAAUGGAGAGAGGGUUGAGGCGGAGGGAGGGGCAGAAGAUGUGGGGCGAGGGAACGGAGAGGGGGAUGAGGAGAGGAGGAGAGGGAAAGUGCGGCGGGUGGGGAGUGAAGGUGAGGCGGUGAGGAAUGGGAGCAGGAGAGUGAGAGGGGAUGCAGGGCAGAGGGGCGGGAGGGAGAUGAAGAGAGGCGGGGAAGUGAGGCAGGGAGGAGAGGAGGGCCGUGGUGACGCCACGGGUGCUGCCUCUCAUUCUAGUGGUUCCGCUGCAGGGCUGCACGCAGGGGCAGGCAAGGGGAGCGGCCUUGCAGGGGGGUAUGAGCAGGGUGGAGGGCCGAGAGGUGAGGGUGUGCGGAUGAGUGGUGAGACUGCUGGGGUGAGAGGGGAGGGUAGGGACGCGGGUUCAGGCGAGGCAGGCAGUGAGGUGGUGGCAGGGAUGGUGUGGGAGGUGGCUCGGGUGCUUGACAACGAGUGGGUUGAGAGCGGUGCUGAGGGGCCACGAGGGGUGGCGGAGGCAAGAGAGGAGGCUGGGGAGGUGAGUGGCAGGGAGGUGACGGCAGUGGGGGAGAGGAGGAGCGGGCGGAGUGUGGAGAGGGAGGGAGAGGAGCGAGGGAGAGAGCAGGGCGAGGGACAGGGUGGGCAGCGGCAGCAAGAGGCGCACACGGCAGUGCGAGAGCGGGAGCAGGAGCGGAAGCGGGAGUGGGAGCGGGCAGCGGAGGGAUCGGCAGUGGAGGGGCCAGCAGUGGUGUCACCAUUUGCUACAGAGGAGCCGUUCAAAGCGGACCGUGCAUCCCACGGGGAGGGGGCAGCGGGAGCGGAGUGGACGCGGCACAGUGCUGACAGCGCUGCUGCUGCUGCGCUGCUACCCCGUAGUGGUGCUGCUGCUGGUGGUGGUGGUGCAUGCUCCAAGAGCCACGAGUGGCAUGCACCUACCCCCGCUGCAUCCCAGCACACACACUCCCCCCCGCACACCUCGCACACCUCCCCUCCAGACGCCUCUCCUUUCUCCUUCCCCUGUCUUCCCGCCUCCCCUUCCUCCACGUCCCCCUCCUCCCCCUCUCUCUCCCCCCAUCCCCUGCUCAUCCCCGCGCCCACACCCACUCCAUGGGGCAGCGCCCUCCGCCCAUCCUCCCCCCGCCAACUCUCCCCCCACGCCACCAUACGAGCCACCCCCCCGCCCAGCACCCCCAGACCACCACCCCGCAGCCCUGGUGGCCGCAGCACGAGGCGCAGGAGCGACACGUGGGUGUGCUGUCUGGGGACCACCAGCGACACGCCCCCACCAGCAGUGAGCAGCAGAGGGCCGGCAGCGAGCAGCAGGUGUCAGAUGCAGGCAGUGGGUGUGCUGCCUCCUCCUCCCUGCACUGCCCGCCCCACCCCGCCUUGUGGUCUCUGCACCCCCAUGACCGGCCUGCUGGUUCCUUCUGGUCCCUGGCAGGCGGCACUGCUGCGGUACAGAGCGGUGCAAGGGAGUGGAGCGAGGUGGAGAGCAGUGGCAGCAGCAGCACCGUGCAGGGCGGGGGCCGAGAUGGUGGAGGAGGGUGGGGUGGCGAGGGUGGUGGUGCGUGGAGUGCGGGAGGGGAAGGAGCGUGUGGGGGGCGGCAGGGGCGGGAGAGAGGCACGAGGGGUGGGAGGCGCAGGGGGAGGGGUGGGGGAGGGGCGUGCAGCAGGGAGAGGUGGGGAGCGGAGGCAGCAAGAGGCGGUUGGGGCUGGGCACUCUGAGGAGACUCAUGUCCCGUGGGUAGGCAAGGUGGAGGUGAUGGAUUAA